UAGACGUAAGUUUUGGAUUCUUCAGGGACAUCGUCUAGCUAAAACUGUUAAGCAUCGAUGUGUGAAGUGCAGGUCAGCAGAAUGUAAGCGUGAGACACAGAAGAUGGCUGAUUUGCCCAGCAGUCGCGUAGCACCCCAUACUCCACCGUUUUAUUACACGUCCUGUGAUUAUUUUGGUCCAUUUCAAGUUAAAGUUGGUCGUAACAAGAGGGCCAAACACUACGGUGUAAUCUUCACAUGCCUAAACACCCGUGCAGUUCAUCUUGAAAUCGCGACUGAUUGUUCAACAAUGGAAUUUCUCCAAGUUUUAAGGAGAUUCUUCGCAGUGAGGGGACAACCAGCUCAGAUUCUUAGCGAUAAUGGUACCCAAUUUGUAGGAGCUCAACGCGAACUUCGCGAGAUGAUAUCGGGAUGGAGUGAAGAUGAGCUCAAAGAUUUCUGUGCGGAAAACAGGGUACAGUGGAAGUUCAUUACCCCUGGUGCACCCCACCAAAAUGGGUGCGCAGAAUCGCUCGUGAAGAGUGCUAAAAUUGCAAUCAAGAAAGCAAUCGGUGAGCAGGUGCUCACUCCUUUUGAGUUGUUAACAUGUUUUCUCGAAGUAGCUAAUCUCAUGAAUGAGCGACCGAUAGGACGGAAAUGCAAUGACCCAGAUGAUGGAAGUUAUUUGAGUCCCAAUGAUAUAUUGUUAGGUAGGUCAUCUAGAAAUGUUCCUCAAGGUCCGUUUAAGCAAACCAAGAAUCCGCGUCAUCGCGUAGAAUUCAUUCAGCAGAUAGUAGAUUCCUUUUGGAAGCGGUGGUCGCAAAACGUCCUACCACUUUUAGUACCAUGCAGAAAGUGGAACGCAGAUCGUAGGAACGUUCGUGUAGGAGAUGUUGUAAUGACUGCAGAUAGUAAUGCAGUACGUGGAAAGUGGACUAUAGCUAGGAUCAUUCAGGUUUAUCCAGGACCUGAUGGUAAAGUUCGGAAUGUGAAGCUAAAAACUGUUUCCGGAGAGUAUCGGAGACCGAUUACAAAACUAGCAGUAAUUUACCCAGCAGAAGGUUAUAUUGACUAGAUCGAACUGAACAAUAGAGAAUGAGUUCUCAUUUGAACUGAGACUGUUGAUAUAAUAUAUGUAAUGAUUCACAUGCAUGUAAUCAUAUGAUAUACAGUGUAUUUGUUUUGAGAAAUUUCAAGCUUUCAGAAAGACUCCUCAUCCGGUGGGGCGGGAGGAAGUUUCGAUGAUCGAAACUUAUUUCUAGUGGAUUUGCUGAUAUUUACUCUUUUUCUUGUUUAUUGAAAGAUACCAUAGGUUUUUCGGUUUACGGCCGUUUAUAGGUGGCUAUUUUUAGCUUCGAAACAUGUCAGAAAACCCGAGGCACAAGUUUCGACCGAAGGCUUGAAAUUUCAACCGUAUGUGCAGAUUUCGUCAAGCUAGAAGUUUGGCCGACUCUCAUUAUGUUUAAGAAAGUUUAUAGUUCCUGCCCAAGAAAUUGAAUUAUAUAUUCUUCAACAUCUGAACUGCGUUGUUCGACGACAUUUGACUCACAUCGUUGGUCAUUUGAUUAAAGUACAAAUCAACGCCAUAA